CUCCCACGGGUUGCUUGGCGUGCCAGUGCGUAAAGUAUAGAGGACCUGUGUGGAAUAUGCUUUAAUUCGUUAAAUUGGUGAUUUUGCAAUAGAGUUCAACGGAUUGACACGUCACUUGGCAAACGAAUAUUCGUGCAUAGCAACAUGAAAAACACUGGAAAACUGGCUGGCCGGACAAUCUUCAUUACCGGUGCUUCGCGUGGAAUAGGAAAAGCAAUCGCUUUGAAAGCAGCUCAAGAUGGUGCAAAUAUUGUGGUAGCAGCCAAAACGGUAGAUCCGCACCCGAAGUUGCCAGGGACAAUCUAUACGGCUGCAGCUGAAAUCGAAGCUGCCGGUGGUAAGGCUCUGCCUUGCGUGGUUGAUGUUCGCGAUGAAGUCGCCGUUCGAGCGGCAGUCAAGAGCGCAGCUGAUAAGUUCGGUGGAAUUGAUAUCCUAAUCAACAAUGCCAGCGCUAUUUCACUCACUCCUACCGAACAGACAGACAUGAAGCGUUACGAUCUGAUGCACAACAUCAACACGCGUGGAACGUUCUUGGUUUCCAAAGAAUGCAUCCCCUAUCUGAAGAAGAGCAACCACGCACACAUCCUGAACAUAUCGCCACCACUCAAUAUGAAUCCAUUGUGGUUCAGCAAUCACGUAGCCUACACCAUGGCGAAGUAUGGAAUGUCCAUGUGCGUACUGGGGAUGGCUCGUGAGCUCAAAGGCGAUAAUAUUGCGGUUAAUGCGCUGUGGCCUCGAACCGCUAUCUACACUGCUGCCAUGGAAAUGUUAACCGGGAAGGAAAGUGAUCAGUUCUCCCGGAAACCGGAAAUCAUGAGUGAUGCUGCGUAUGCGAUUCUUUGCAAAGAACCGAAAAAUGUGUCCGGAAACUUCUUUAUCGAUGAUGAAGUACUGAAGGCAGAGGGAAUAACCGACAUGAAGCAGUACGCAUGCGUUCCGGAAAAUGCUGAUAAAUUGAUGCCGGACUUUUUCCUGGACGUUGCUCCGGAGAAACUGUUAGAAUUUGCCGCCGAUGGCAGUCAUGCAGCUUCGCUGAAAAAAGAGGCCCCUGGUAAAAUCGAAGGUCUUUUCCAGAAGAUCGAAUCCCUGCUCAGUGAUGAGAUUGUUAGCAAAACAAGAGCAAUUUAUGAAUUCAACGUGAAAGGAGAGGAGUCCGGUAUAUGGUUCGCUGAUUUGAAGAACGGAACCGGCAAGGUUGGCAAAGGUAAACCGCCAGUAGAUGCGGAUGCUACGCUCACCAUGGAUUCCAAGCAUUUUUUUGAUAUGUUCAGCGGUAAGCUGAAGCCGGCUAGUGCCUUUAUGACCGGGAAGUUGAAGAUUAAGGGUGAUUUGCAGAAGGCAAUGAAGCUGGAAAAACUGAUGGGUGGAUUGAAGUCAAAGUUAUAGAUUGGUUAAGUUGGUGAAGGGCUAGAUGUUAUAUAAAAUAAAUUGUGUUUAAGGUUUGCAAUAUA